AUGGAGGAUUCUGUUUCCGACUUCUCCCCGCUGGAGACGGAUCAAGGGCUUUUGCCUUGUAUCGAGGAGGAGGAUGGAAACGAGGAUCGCUCGGACUCGGACGAUGCGUUAUUUGUCGACGGCAGCAGUGUGGAAUCGAUGAUCGGCGGCGGCGAUGGCAGGCUUUCUAGUUCCCUGAAUGCCGGAGGAUUGCGAACUAUGGGAUCCAGAUCAAAUUUGGAUACUGAUUCUGAGGAAGAGGCCAUUUCUGAGAUUUGUCCGCAUUCUGAUGGCGAGUCGGAGCCUGAUCGGGUGGCUGACGAUCUGGCACCGCCGGUUUUCUGGGACUACCUAAGCAUCGACGAAGACGGGAGGAAUCCAGGUGAGGAUUUUGGCGGGGAAGAGGUCGAUGGGAUGGAGAGAGAGCUCCUUGAUAUCGUCAUCGGCGACGACGAGUCAUAUUACGACGGCGAAUGGGAGGUGUUCUUGCCUGUGGAUCAAUUCGAGGGGGAGAUUUCAGACGAGCACGAGAUCGCCGACUUUCUUGUUGCCGACGCUCAGGAGAGCUUCAUCGAAGGAAACCCGCCGGCGGCCAGAUCAGCGAUCAGGCAUCUCCCAUCGAUUUCCUUGACGGAAACAGAUGUGGCCGACAACAACAACCUCUGUGCCGUCUGCAAAGUCGAGAUCUCAGUGGACGAGAAGGUGAAGCAGCUACCGUGUCUGCAUCAUUACCACGCCGAGUGCAUCCUGCCAUGGUUGAGGAUGAGGAACACCUGCCCUCUUUGCCGAUUUGAAUUGCCGGCGGAUGAGCCCGAUUUCUUGGAUCGGCGGGCACAGCGAGCUGGUAGCACUGGAACAUUUCAAGAAUCUCGCGUCACGGUAAUGGAUCUUUCCGUGAUGUUGUGGCGAAAUUAUGAAAUCUGCAUUGUUCUAGGUUCAUCAAUCACUAAUCCUUUGUUUCUUUUAUGA